AUGAGCACCAUCCUGGAUGAGUACGAGGACUCGGUGGCCCGGGCUCGGGCCGGUCUGCACCACCAGCAGCAGCAGCACCGCGGGGGGGCGCCCGGCAUCGGCCUGACACACACAGGUUAUGUCAGCGCGCGGCUGGAGGAGGAGAAGCCCAUCUUCUCCAAACAGAGGAUUGACUUCACACCCCCAGACGCCAUCACUCACCUGGUGGUGUGUAACAACCAGCUUUGUCUGAGCCUGGGCAAGGACACGCUGCUCAGGAUUGACCUGGGGAAACCGGAGCAGCCAAACCAGAUUGAACUCAGCAGAAAGGACGAUGCCAGGAUUCACAAACUCUUUCUGGAUUCUACAGGAUCACACCUGCUGAUCAGCCUGACGACCAGCGAGUGCCUGUACCUGAACAGGAACACUCAGAAGGUGCGGAGCCUGUCGCGCUGGCGGGGACACCUGAUCGAGAGCGUGGGCUGGAACAAGGUGGCGGGCACGGAGGCGAGCACAGGGCCCAUCCUGGUGGGUACCAGCCAGGGCCACGUGUUCCAGGCGGAGCUGUUGGCCAGCGAGGAGCGCUUGUUCACAUCCAGCCCUGACCAGUACUUCCGGGUGGUGUACAGCCUGGAGGAGGAGGGGCUGCCCACCCCAGUCUGCAGCCUGGAGAUCGAGAAGGGCAUCGACGGCCGCUUCUUCAUCAUCGUCACCACGCGCAAGCGGCUCUACCAGUUUGUGGGCCGUCCCCUGGAGCCCACUGAGCAGAUGGUGUUUCAGCCGAUCUUCAGCCAGUACGCGGACGCCCCUCCCAGCUUCCAGGAGUUUCCCGUCAGCCUGGGCUACAGCGACGUCUCCUUCUACACCCCCCGGCUGCGCUCAUCGCCGCGCUGCUUUGCCUGGAUGAUGGGGAACGGGGUGCUGUACGGGACCCUGGACUACACCAGGCCCGACUCCCUGCUGAGUGAGGUGCAGGUGUGGGAAUAUCCCCCCGAGCUGGAGCUUCACACACAGCCGCCCAGCGCCAUCGUGCUCACUCAAUUCCACUUUGUGCUGCUCCUGCCUGAUCGGCUGAAGGCCGUGUGCACGCUGAAUGGGCAGCCGGUGCACGAGGACAUCUUCCCCGACAAGCAGGGCCGGCUGGUAGGCCUGGUCAAGGACCCGGUGUCCGGGCUGAUCUGGGUUUACACCGAUCGCGCCGUCUUCCGCUACCACAUCCAGCGCGAGGCCCGGCACGUGUGGCAGAUGUACAUGGACAUGGACAGGUUCGACCUGGCCAAAGAAUACUGCAGGGACCGGCCCGAAUGCCUGGACGUGGUGCUGGGCAGAGAGGCCGACUACAGCUUCCACAAGCAGCGCUACCUGGAGAGUGCCCGGGCCUAUGCCCUGACACACCGGCACUUUGAGGAGAUUGCGCUCAAAUUCAUCGAGGUGGAGCAGGAGGCGGCGCUCAGGGAGUUCCUGCUCAGGAAACUGGGAACCCUGAAGGCUGAGGACAGGACCCAGAGGAUACUGCUGAUCACCUGGUUGGUGGAGAUCUACCUGAACAAGCUGGGGGAGCUGGAAGGGCGCGGGGCAGGGGAGCUCCAGGCCACUCGGGAGGAAUUCCGGGCUUUCCUGAGCAACCCGCGGAAUCGGGAAUGCCUGCAGGAGAGCCGUGCCACCCUGUACCAGCUGCUGGCCAGCCACGGCGCCCGCGAGGACGCCCUGUUCUUCGCGGUCAUCAUGCAGGACUACGAGCGGGUGGUCGCCCACCACUGCCAACACGAGGACUACAGCGCUGCCCGAGUGCUGAGUCGCUAUCGCCACCCGGGCCUCUUCUACAAGUUCUCCCCCCUCCUGAUGCAGCACCUCCCCCGUCAGGUGGUGGAUGCCUGGAUCCAAAUGAGGAAACAGCUGGAUCCCAAGAGCCUGAUCCCGGCCCUGGUCAACUACAGCCAGCUGGGAGGCUGGGAGCAGGAAUGCCAGGCUGUGCGUUACCUGGAGUUCUGUGUGUGUGAGCUGGAGGUGACGGACCAGGCCAUCCACAACUACCUGUUGUCGCUUUACGCCAAGUACCAGCCCUCAGCCCUGCUCAGCUACCUCCAGCAGGCCGGCCCGGCCCCCAGCCCCGGCUCCACCCCCGGCUCUGCCCCCGCCGGCCUGCACUACGAUGUCAAAUACGCCCUGAGGCUGUGUGCCGAAAGCGGCCAUCACCGGGCCUGUGUCCACAUCUACAGCAUCAUGGGCCUGUACGAGGAGGCCGUGGGCCUGGCCCUGCAGGUGGAUGUGGACUUGGCCAAGGCGUGUGCGGACCUGCCUGAGGAGGACGAGGAGCUGAGGAAGAAGCUGUGGUUGACGAUUGCGCGUCACGUGGUGCAGGAAGAGGAGGAUGUGAAGAAGGCCAUGGUGUGUGUGAGCAGCUGUCACCUGCUGAAGAUCGAGGACAUCCUGCCGUUCUUCCCCAACUUUGUCACCAUCGACCACUUCAAGGAGGCCAUCUGCACCUCUCUGGAGGAGUAUAACCAGCACAUCACUGAGCUCAAGCAGGAGAUGGAGGAGGCCACAGAGAGCGCCCGGCGCAUCCGCGAGGACAUCCAGGAGAUGAGGAACAAGUACGGGGUGGUGGAAUCCCAGGAGAAGUGCGCAGCCUGUGACUUUCCUCUCCUCAACCGCUCCUUCUACCUCUUCCUGUGCGGCCACAUGUUCCACGCUGACUGCCUGCUGCACGAGGUCCUGUCCCACCUCUCGAGCACCAAGAAAACACGGCUGGAGGAGCUGCAGCGCUUGCUGGUAGCCAUGGCACAGCCCAAGGCUCGGCUCCGCUCCAGGCCCGAGGAGGGGGCCCCGGAGACCGGAUCGGAACCACCCUCCCGAGAGACGAUCAAGAGCAAAAUCGAUGAGGAAAUCGCGAGGGAGUGUGUGUACUGCGGGGAGCUGAUGGUCCGCUCCAUCGAUAAACCCUUCAUUGAUCCCCUGCGCGAUGAGGAGGAGAGGCGCAGUUGGCUGUGAGAGAGGCCACAGCCUGUGUGUUGUGUUUGUGUGAGAGAGCG